CCUGGGACUAGAGUCCGGGCGCGCGAUCUGGCUCCGCAUUAGCCACGGGCGCCUCUCUCGGAAUCUGAAUUUCUAGGUCCGAGUUGCCGCCCUUGUCCCCCUAGCUCGCUCUCUGCGCUCGCUCGAACCUCGCAGCCUGUCAGGGGGCGCGCUCACUGGCUCCAGCAGUGUCCUCGCGGCGGCCAUGGCCACGAAGAUCGACAAGGAGGCGUGUCGCGCGGCGUACAACCUAGUGCGGGACGACGGCUCGGAAGUCAUCUGGGUGACUUUCAGAUACGAUGGCGCCACCAUUGUCCCAGGCGAUCAGGGAACGGAUUACCAGCACUUCAUCCAGCAGUGCACAGAUGACGUCCGACUGUUUGCCUUUGUGCGCUUUACCACCGGUGAUGCCAUGAGCAAGAGGUCCAAGUUUGCCCUCAUCACGUGGAUAGGGGAGGACGUGAGUGGGCUGCAGCGAGCCAAGACAGGGACCGACAAGACGCUGGUGAAGGAGGUGGUCCAGAAUUUUGCAAAGGAGUUUGUGAUCAGCGAUCGGAAGGAGCUGGAGGAAGACUUCAUCAGGAGCGAGCUGAAGAAGGCCGGAGGGGCCAAUUACGAUGCUCAGACAGAGUAGCCCCAGCCCCACACCUCAGAGCCAUCUGCCUGCUCCAUCUUGGCGGAGACUGCCACCUCAGAGUCACCAGCCCACCAGGGAGGAGGAGCCAUGAGAGGCGCCGGCGCCACCAGUGUGUACAAACCCCACCCUUCCACUCCUGUGUGUGUCGUGUCCCCCACCCCGCCCCUCUGUGACCCUCUCAAGCUCACCAAGCAUCAUUCAGUACCUGCCCCCUUUUUGUUUUAAAGAGAAGUCAUCUUGGUGCCAGGGCCAUGCGCACCAUCAGAUCCCAGGUGCCUCUGUCAGUGGCCCUUGGCCGGGCAUUUCCCUUUCCCUCACUGUGGCCUGCCUGGGCUGAGCCACCUUGGCCUCCAGUUGCUGGGGCCUGGCCUGGGUACCAUCCCAGCUUGCCUUGGCUGUUUCCUGCUAGCCCUCUGCCGGCCGCCAUGCCAGGAGCUGUGCAUACUCCACAGCCUUCAUGAGCUCACACACGCUCCUCGGAGCCCCCUAGACAUGGCUCCAGGCCCCACCCCCACCCUGUUCAGAGUGGCCUAAGCGCUAUGUAAAUCUGGUAGAUGCUGCUUGGCAGGGACAGGUUUAGGUAUGGUGUAGUACGAAGUGAUAAUUUGCCUUAAAUCUUGCCUGGCGGUGGCUCUGCCGUGUGGUCUAAACUACCCUUUGGGCGAAGUCCUUCUGAAUAUGAGAGGUCUGAGUCCAGCGGUGGUGGGAAUUCAGGGUCAACCUCAGGGCCCCCCAGGGUGACCAGGGUGGAAAGGUCCCCUGCAAGCCGGGAGGCAGCGCAGGCCUUGGCACCUGGAAGGCGGCAGUGGCUGCAAUCUUAGUCUGCACCACACAUUCGAAAAGAUGGCUUUGUUUGCUUUUAAAGAAAAGCUGAGGCGGGCAUGGCCCCUCGUGAGCGCGUGAGGACAGCUCUUUUCCUUAUCCUCACUCUUUUCAUUUUGGGGAAGAAGACUGCACUGGACUGGGCUAUGAGGACCAUCUCUGGCAUUCCAACAGUUUACAGAAAUAAAUGUGUUUUUCAAGAAAAA